AUGAUACCGGGGCCGCUGAAAAGUGUCUACCGACAGUACAAAGAGGACACGAAUUAUGUAGCGUCCUGGCUCGCGACAACUGCGAAAGCCUGUGGAUACCCGUCGGAUCUCCUCUCCGAAACCACUUUGGUCACCGAAAAUGCCACCACCACGGACAGCACCAGCACUAAAAGUGCUAGCUCAGAGCGCCGGCCGAAGGGAAAUAAGGGAAGAGGCAAGAAGAAGAAGCCCAACCGUGCAACAAACCCGACAGGAAGCCAGACAACCGAGCCUCAGGAUGCCGGCCCGAGGAAAUACAUCGUUGCCGUGAAAGAGUUUCUUCCGCUCGCGCAAUUCAUCUCCACCUCCAAGGCGAAGGUCCCUGUCUCUUUUGUGGCAGCUCUUAACGGCGUCAUUGCUGUUCGAUCCGAGUUUACCGCCAAGCUGAGUGCACAUGGAUCCAAAACCAAUCUGCACAGCGAUCUCUCUCAUGCCCACUUUGUUGGUGUUCUUGAUGAAGUCCGCGAAGUUCUUCGCCCUCAAAUGACUCCGGAAGCGGCUCAAGCGAGUAACGAAAAGUCCGACAACCUGAAGAACAGGUUCGAGGGAUUGUCUAUCGAUGAGCCCUCGGAAGCAUUUCUCAACGCUCCUGACGUCGCCCGGCCGCAGGUUGUCUAUGAGGCAGAGUCCACUAUGUCUGAGAGGGAUGCCGUGUUUUUCUUGGGGCUUGUACUCCAAGAUCUGGUCCAGAUCCGUCUGUCGAUCAAGGGAAUAUGGAUGAAGUACGCUAUGGAAGAGUACGAGCUGGUUGCUGCGGGCGUGGCUUCCAAUACAGCGCUUGACUUGGCCCGUCACAUCAUUGAUGAGGCAAUGCCAGAGUUGGAGAUGCAGCCAAACGGGUUCUAUGGGGUUUUGAAAAACCACCACGUACUCACGUGCGAGUUAGCGACUUGGUUGAAAGAUGAAGAACAACUGAAGGCUUUCGACCUGUCGCCGAACCCUGGCGAGGCCGAGCUCAAAUAUGUCAGUGGCUCCUGGAGCUACGUAAACGCCUACAACAUCCUCGCCGGUUUACUACCUGUCAUGACAAACAAGCCCAUUGGACCCAUCAUCCAACGCAACGACCAACUAGAGUCCGGCAAAAAGUACAAGCGUUAUGCCCACGAUCACGACAUUUUAAAACACAUCUUCGAAGAUCUUCUGAUCAUUGCCGAGUAUAUCAAGAUGGAUUGGCCUGUUGAGGACAACCUCCUGCGCGGCCUCAAGGAAACACUGCAGACUGGGAAGAUCCCCUUCUAUCUUGUGUUCACGUCGCAGAUCGUGCUCGACGUGUAUCAUGCGACAGAAGAUAUCAGCAGUGCCGAAGACGCUAUGCUUGAUAUGUUCGGAACAUUCCACACGAUGUUCGAGAUGUUUGGGAAAUACUUCUCGGUCCUCAAAAAAACCGACAUGUUCGAAAAGAUGGACAAGAUCGACUUCAAAACAAGAGCUGUGGUCAAGGAAACUCAAGAGUUGAUGGAAGAUAUCAUACUCCCAAAGAAGCGCGAGCUCAUGAACCGCAAGUCAGGAAAGAGCAUAACCUUAAUGACCACGCCGGAAGAGCACAGCCUUUUCAAAAGGCAUCCUAUCAUGUGCGGGCUAUGCGUUUACUUGUACCAAAUGGUUCUGUACAGAUCAGCAGUCAAUGGUGCUAAUGCGACCCGUUCGAUUGUCUCGGUGUAUCACCUAUACAAUGCGUUAUUUGCAGAGGGCUUUCUCGAUACUCCUUGGGCUGAUCUGGACGCAGUCAUGAGGUGGAUCGAAGCGAAAGACUUAUACGUGGGAGGGGAAUUUCCUUCGACUGGGCCAGAUGGCUACGCGAAAGCUUUCAUGCUUCAGUUGGGCUUUUCCGCUUCUCUGUUCAUGGAUCCUCUCAAAAAGCGAGGCAACCCGUUGAGGCCGGAUAAGCUCAUGAGGGCUGCCCCACUGCGUUUGAUCCCUCAGGGACCGCCUACCAUGACGGCCUUCGUCGACAGGUACAUGGUAAACCAAGGCCUGACUGGGGCGGAAACUUGGACCACCGAGGAUGUCCUCAAGAUUGUCACUGAAGGCGAAGCUGAGAAGAUUAAAAAAGAGGCCGAGAUAGCUAAAGCUAUGGGCGAGGAGGACUCCCAGGACCCCGACCAAUCAAGGCGCGAGACAGGCGAGACCGGGAAGCGGGAAGCAGCCAGUGAUAAUCCGGACACAGUUCUCAAAGGAAAGCCUAACAAAGGGAAAUCGAAUUCGACCGGAAAGAAGGCAGACAGAAAAAAGGGCAAGGAAUCAGAUGGGGCCCCUGAUCCUUUUAAGCACGCACUCGACACUUAUUAG